AUGCCUACUGCGGUCGUCACCGGGGCAAACAGCGGCAUUGCCCAUGCCUUUGCCAAAAUACUGUGCGACGAGGUGGGAUUCAUAGUGUACGCCGUCGACCGAGAUCGGGGCGAAGGUCUCCAGGCUCUUGAGUCUAGAAAAUGCCACACGGCAGUGGUCGAUGUAACCUCUCCUGAGUCGAUUCAGAAGUUCAAGGACUCGUUGGAUAACACUCCAAUUGAUCUUCUACUCAACGUUGCAGGUGUCGCUGCAGCGCCAGAAGCCGACAGUCUUACAACGACCAGCCUCGAGAUCCUUCAGCGUACCUUUGCGGUCAAUACCUUCGGUCCUUUGCUUCUGACACAAGCUCUACUCCCCAACAUCCUGAAGGCCUCCAACCCCAAGAUCGCCAUCGUCUCCAGCCGCGUGGGUUCUGUGGGCGAUAAUAGUACAGGCGGACAUUAUGCCUAUCGGUCGUCCAAAGCUGCAGUCAACUCCAUUGGGAAGAGCAUGGCCGUGGAUCUCAAAGACAAGGGGGUUACAGUCAUGCUUCUGCAUCCUGGCUAUGUCAGGACGAACUUGUUGCCCACGACGCAGAUGCCUCCGGAGACAGUCGAACCUGACGAGGCGGCGAGAAAGUUGUGGCAGAACAUCGUCAGCAAGAAAGAGAUUGGAGCUACGGGCAAAUUCUGGCAUCGUGAGGGAUUCGAAUUACCCUGGUGA